AUGGAUCCCAGAGUCGGAGUUGGAGUUUUUGUUGUGAAUGCAGAGGGGAAGUUCGUCAUUGGCAAAAGAAAAGGGAGUCAUGGAGCAGGCACAUGGGCUCUUCCAGGAGGUCAUCUUGAAUUUGGCGAAUCUUUUGAAGACUGCGCGGUACGAGAAAUUCUCGAAGAAACAGGUUUGAACAUCACCAAAGUGGAGUUCUUGACUGCCACAAACGAUGUCAUGGAGGCAGAAGGUAAACACUACAUCACCAUCUACAUGAAGGGUGUCGUCAGUGAUGCAUGUGCUCAGCCGCAGCUUUUGGAGCCAGAGAAAUGUGAGGUAUGGGAGUGGAUAUCGUGGGAUGAACUUCGACCUCAGGCGGACGCUCAGAUCCGCUUGGGUUCAGAUGGUGUAGAACGGAAGUUGUUCUCGCCUCUUCUCGCGUUGUUUGAGCAACGGCCGAAUGUUCAUGUUUAG